CCCCCCGGCCUUCUCCUUUACUUGUUUGCGUCCUGUGGUUUUUUCUCUCUUUUUUCUUUCUUUCUUUAUGUCUUCAUUUCUUUCCCCCUUGUCAAACUGCUACGUUGCCAGUUCAUCUCAGCCUCGAUGUGACAAAACAAUUGCAACCCAAUCCAAUCCUGUCUUCCCUUCCUCUUCUCCAUCUUCCUCCUUGACGGGAAUUCGGCUCAGGCUGGCGGGACGAAAUUGGGCCCCGACGUAGCGACACACCUAAUCCAAAAGAGAGGGGGGGGAAGGGGAAAAAAAAAGAAGAAGAAAAAAAAGGAAGAAAAAAAGUCAUCUUCGUGGCUUGUCGUCUUUGGUCCUAUCACACCCCUGGGAUGACCCCUCCCACCCUGUCCUGCCGCUUGUCCUGCCGCUUUGUCCUGCCUUGCCCUUGCUCUGCCAUAACUCUUUCCACUGCGCAAUUCGUCGCGACCCAAUUUAUCUCGGAUCUUCCCAUCACCACGUUGCUGCUUAGUACUAUUAUAUAGGACCCCUACGCGACUCUCCGUCUCGGGUCCCUCCAUCUGUUUUUCUGUCUUGGCAUUCUGGCUCGGCCCCCAAUCAAAGCAGAACAGAGAGAGCUUCACUACUACGGCUUGGCUCUCUCUUGUCUCCUUUAUCGCAGUUUCCUCCUCCCGUUGCGUGGCUGGCGCCAUCCUCGAACCUCCCGUGAAUUGAAGCUCGAAGCCCCUCCUCCUGCUUUUCCGCCUCGGCCGAGACCUCGUCCUCAGGGCCUCGUCCUGCUCCUCCUCGUCCUCGAUCUCGCCCUCGUCCUCCUCCUUUUCUUCAACCGCCUCCGACGGCACCAUCAGCCUCUUGCGAGAGUAUAAGAAGCCGUCCCCGAAAGUGCCGAGUGUGCCAGAGACUCCAGAGUUUCCGAGUAGCCCAGAGGCAAUACGUCAUGUCUGGCUAUUCGAGUUACCACGGUAGUGGUUCUUACGGAGGAGCUCCCCCACCAGGAGCCUACCCUCAACAGCCUUACUACUCUUCCCCACCGACCGGAUACGGCUACCAGUCCCCUCCACAACCCAACUACGGCUAUCCUUCUCCUCAGACUAACGGUUACCAUCAACAACCUCCUUCACAAAAUUAUGGGUACAACAGCCCUCCGCAACCGAGCAACUAUGGUGGCAGACCGGCCGUGCCCUCGGCAAGCUCGAACGCGUACAUGCAAGGGAACCAGAAUGCGCCGCCUCCACCGCCCUCGACCCCCCAGAGCUUCGGUUACGGCCACCCGCAGCACUACAAUUUCCAGUACUCGCAGUGCAACGGCAGGAGGAAAGGUUUGCUCAUCGGCAUCAAUUACUUUGGCCAGCGCGGCCAGCUGAGAGGCUGUAUCAACGACGUGCGCAACAUGUCCGCGUACCUGGUCGAGCACUUUGGCUACAAACGCGAAGACAUGGUCAUCCUCACCGACGACCAACAGAACCCCAUGAGCCAGCCCACCAAGCAGAACAUCCUAAGGGCCAUGCAUUGGCUCGUCAAGGACGCCCGCCCCAACGACUCGCUGUUCCUGCACUACUCUGGGCAUGGAGGCCAGACAAAAGAUCUAGACGGCGACGAGGACGACGGCUACGACGAGGUGAUCUAUCCCGUGGACUUCCGGCAGACUGGGCACAUAACGGACGAUGAAAUGCACAGGAUCAUGGUCAAGCCGCUACAGCCUGGCGUCCGCCUUACAGCCAUCUUUGAUUCGUGCCACUCCGGCACGGCGCUCGACCUUCCUUAUAUCUACUCGACCCAGGGCGUCCUCAAGGAGCCCAACCUUGCCAAGGAGGCCGGUGCCAACAUACUUGGCAUGUUGUCGUCCUACAGCCAGGGCGAUAUCGGCAGCGUGUUCAAGAAGGGCAUGAACCUGUUCAACAGGGCGACCAAGGGCGACGCUGCUCACGAGCGUGCUCUGGCGACCAAGACGUCGCCGGCAGACGUCAUCAUGUUUUCUGGAAGCAAGGAUGACCAGACUUCGGCUGAUGCGACCAUCGCGGCGCAAGCAACGGGCGCCAUGUCCUGGGCGUUCAUGACGGCGCUCAAGAGGCACCCGCAGCAGAGCUAUGUCCAGCUCCUCAACAGCAUUCGCGACGCCCUCGCUAGCAAAUACAGUCAGCGGCCCCAGCUGUCCUGCAGUCAUCCCCUCAAUACGGAUCUCCUCUUCGUUAUGUAAAUAAUACAGCUUAACCAACAUUCUUUUUCCUUUUCCUUUUCCUUUUCCUCCUUUUCUUCACUUCUUUUCUUUUACGAUGGUCAUGACGAAACGGGUACAUAUAAAACAGAUUCAUCAAUCAUCUCUGCACACAGCCCGACCAAGACGGCGGGUUCAAAAUUCUAGCACUGGCGGGAGGACGAACGCGGCUCACGACUCCUUCUGUGGCUCGCCCAAUUUGCUGGUUCAGGUAGCAGCGCGGCAUGGAAGAAGAAGGGGAACGAGACGCGACGGGUCGUAUAAAGAAAAAGUUUGUGUGAGGAUUCCAAAUUUCUCAUGCUUUUGAUGGGCUCUGGAAUUACACUCAUCACGCAGGGGGAUGACGCGAAUCUGGUUGUGAUUAUCUUUUUGCCUUAGUUCUGGACGGAAAGGAAAGGGCAUCACAUCAUUCAAGGUAUAUUCACAAUUAGCGUGCCGCUAGCAUCUGUUAGGACGUUAUAACCAUGCUUCUCACCAUCUCUUACAACU